UGGUGGCUAGGUAGGCAAACGUUUUGUCAGAGAGCCAGCGAGCGAGAGCUUCGUCGUCUUUUGCUCGAAUUUCACAUUGCGAAUCCGCGGGAGCUGCUUGAGUAACUUGUGACUAUCCGCCAUUUUGAAUUCGAUUUCUGAUAGACGUUUUAUCUUCAAUUGAAACGAUUCUUCUGAUUGAACUUGAUCUCCAGCUGAAUCAGAUUGCGAGUUGCACAGAGAGAAGAAUAAGAGCAAUGGCUGUAGUUGCUUCUGCUCCUGGGAAGGUAUUGAUUACUGGGGGUUAUCUUAUUUUAGAGAGACCGAAUGCUGGAAUUGUACUUAGUACAAAUGCCCGAUUCUAUGCGAUUGUGAAACCGCUUCAUGAAGAAAUUAAGCCUGAUAGCUGGGCAUGGGCCUGGACAGAUGUGAAAUUGACAUCUCCUCAACUCUCGAGAGAAAGUAUGUAUAAGUUGUCACUGAAAAAUUUGAUGCUUCAGUGUGUCUCUUCAAGUGAAUUGAGAAACCCUUUUGUGGAACAAGCAGUGCAAUAUGCUGUAGCAGCUGCGCAUGCAACAUUUGAUAAACCUAAGAAGGAUGUCUUGCAGAAACUACUACUGCAAGGUCUUGAUAUCACGGUCUUAGGUAGCAAUGACUUCUAUUCGUAUCGCAAUCAGAUUGAAUCAUGUGGACUGCCCUUGACACCUGAAGCGCUUGCAAUGCUCCCUCCUUUCACAUCAAUAAGUUUCAACACAGAUGAUUCUAAUAGAGGAAAUUACAAGCCUGAGGUUGCAAAAACUGGGUUGGGCUCCUCUGCAGCAAUGACAACUGCUGUUGUUGCUGCAUUACUUCAUUACCUUGGAGUGGUUGAUCUUUCCUCUUUGUCUGGAGAAAAACACAAAGAAACAAAUGAUUCUCAAGAUCUUGAUUUAGUCCAUAUAAUAGCUCAAAGCGCCCACUGUAUUGCACAAGGAAAAGUUGGCAGUGGGUUUGAUGUCAGUUCUGCGGUUUAUGGAAGUCAGCGUUAUGUUCGGUUUUCACCUGAAGUGCUUUCUACUGCUCAGAAUGCAGCAAAAGUAUUACCAUUACAGGACUUCAUUCUUGACAUCCUAAAAGGAAAAUGGGACCAUGAAAGGAAAAGGUUUUCUUUACCACCAUUGAUGACUCUUCUACUAGGGGAACCUGGAACUGGUGGAUCGUCCACACCAUCAAUGGUGGGUUCUGUGAAAAAGUGGCAAAAGUCUGACCCUCAAAAAUCGCAUGAAAUGUGGAUAAGGUUGUCAGAGGCCAACUUUGCACUUGAAACACAACUUAGCAUGCUAAGCAGACUUGCUGAGGAAUGUUGGGAUGUGUAUAAACAUGUCAUAAGCACCUGCAGCAGGCUUAGGUCUGAGAAGUGGGUGGAGCAAGCCAAAGAGCCAAACCAAGAGGUAAUCAUAAAAGCACUGUUAGGAGCAAGAGGUGCCAUGCUUGAUAUUAGGAACCAUAUGCGUCAGAUGGGUGAGGCUGCUGGUAUUCCGAUAGAACCCAAUUCACAAACUCAGCUUUUGGAUGCUACUAUGAGCAUGGAAGGAGUUCUGUUGGCUGGAGUUCCCGGAGCAGGUGGUUUUGAUGCAAUAUUCACUGUUGCCUUGGGGGAUUCUAGCAGCUACAUAGCAAAAAUCUGGAGUUCUAUCAAUGUUCUAGCGCUAUUAGUUAGAGAAGAUCCUUAUGGUGUUUCUUUAGAAAGUGGAGAUCCGCGAAUUCAAGAAGUUUCAUCAGCAAUUUCUUCAGUUCAUAUUGAGUAAGCAUAUUUGCUAUUGUAGUUUAUAUGUUUUCUGACAAUCACAAAUUUCGGUGGCGGAUGCAAUUUGGUAAUAAUUCCUUUUGGUUUGGAAUUUGGGAACCAGUUGAGUUGAAAAGGGGGUUUUCUUUCUUUUAUAGUUCUGUGUAAUAUGACUAGGAACCCUUGACUAAACAUUCGAAUAGGAUUUGUACCUUAUGUAAUGUUUUACAACAGUCUGCAAUAAAAGAUUCCAUCUGUAAAAUGGUGGAACUGGUUCUGAUCUCUGA